AUGUCGGACAAAAAGCCAAGCGGUAAUCCCUUUGAGGACCUGGAUCGAAAUUACGCCGAGCAGGAGAUAGAGAAUGGGGGUCUUCCACCAUAUUCAAGUGCGACACCCAACUCUUCGUCCGACGCUCCACGGGUUCAAGAUUCUAAGGACUCUAAGAGGAACCAGCAAGAAAUCUACGAUGCGCCGGAAGUAGUGCCUCAGGUUGAUCGCGAAACGCUACCUGAGGUAGUACCAAUCGAGGAGAACCUGCCCGAGGUCCGUGUCUCGCAAAAUGCCUCUUAUUACAAUCAAAACAACAACUUCGGUCCUCCUCCAAAUGGGCAAGGGUAUCCUCCAGCAGAUGGGAAAGGAUACGCUCCACCUAACGGGCCCGGAUAUCCUCAAGCAGGCGGACCUGGAUAUCCUCAAAUAGGCGGACCCGGCUAUCCUCCUCCAAGUGGGCAGGGUUAUCCUCCAGCAGAUGGCAGUGGAUACUAUCCAGCGGGCGGACCCGCCUACCCUCCCACAUACGGGCAAGAGUACUCUCAAACAAACAGCCCAGGAUAUUCGCCAAUGCCAAUGCCAAAUCCUCAAGACAGAACAAUUGCCAUUCCAGCCAUCGACGCCUCACCAGGGUCACCUUUACUUCGAGCCUACGUGCCGAUGUUAACCAAAUACAACCUCCCCCAGGAAUCUUUCUUCAGAUUCCUCGACUCACUAAACGAUGUGAUCGCAACCAACCCACCAAUGCAAGUCCUCGAUGUCACCGGCGGCAUCCUAAAGUCCGUUCCAAUCCUCUUUCCUCUGCACUGGAUCGGAUCCGCAUUCAGCGGACUAGCGAACAUAAGCGAGCAAAGCAAGUCCAAGUCGCGAUCAGACUCAGCCCUCAAACAAGCAAACAAAGAGAUCUUCGGACCCCGCGGUCUAAAAGCCGAACUCGCGAACCUCGACGCACUCGCCUACAUUGCGAAAAUCCCCAUUCUCGACUCACAAGGCAAGAUCGAUAAGAACUCGACUCUUGCUCGGCAGUUGGCUGAUAUGUCUCGCGCGUAUCGGAGGCGGAGGAAUGACAGCGACGCUAAAGAUCAGGAUCAGAAACAUGGGCAUCAGUUGGAGCUGCAGCAGCAAAGGCUUCAUGCUCUUCAACCGUGGAUUCAGGAUCUUCAGCUUGAUAUCAAGCCGGCGGCUAAGACGAGGUUGACGCGCCUUAAUUCUGCGCUGAAGAAAUAUAAUGGCGAUGAUAAUCGGAGGCAGGAUAGGUCGGAGGAUGGGGAUGAGCAGGACCGGUUCCGAAAAUGUCUUUGGUUGGUGAUUCGAGAGGAGAUUGGUGGUAAUGGGGGACAGUCGCAAGCUGGGCCAUCGAAGUGA